CACUGUUACGACCAAAAGUCUUACAACUAAACAUUUAUAUAAUUUAUAUAUCUUAUACUAUUAAAAAAUAUUAAAUCAAAAUGCCGCGACACAGUUAUACUUCGCUUAGUACCGGUAAUAAUGAACAGGAAGAAACUGUGGACAUGGCCGCGCCACAAACCGUCACCCGAUCCUCGUCCCGACUACGCAAUAGACCACCAAGCUCUGUUGGUUCCUAUACCAGUAUACAAGGUCGGCGUCCAUUGCAUGCGACUGCCAAUAAUGCAAUUGUGGCUAGAUCACCACGUGUUCGCAUUCAACGCGCACUACGUACGCCACGUGCACCACUAACGACUCGCACAUCCCGUGCCCUUACUCCUCGUUCCAGUGCUACUAGUUCUCGUGCUCCUCGUUCUUCUCGGCCAGUACGUCCGGCAGCACAGUCAGCUCCAAAUAUAGCUACAGUGCAUAGCGGAAAUGGAUGCCAGCCAAAUUCAUCAUUGAUGAGCUCUAAGCCGACAGUCAUUUCUAUAUCUACUGUUGAGUUGCCAGUCACUGGCGCCGUGAAGCGCCGUCGCUCGCUUUACCCAAGCAAGAGUGCGCCAGCUUGUAGCACAACUAAUACAAAUGGUGAACCACUCGAUGAAUUGCGGUUGGAUACUGCCGAACCAGAUGAAUGUCCAUCGGUAUCUGAGCUACUACCAGACGAAUCUCAAUCGACACCUAAGCGAGUUCGUAUUGCAAUUGCUGUCGUUAAGGACCCAUCAUCAACAGUGGCAGCUCCAACAGCAGCAACUCCCAGAGCAGAUACAACCAGAGCAGCAACUCUCAGAGCAGAUACAACCAGAGCAGCAACUCCUAGAGCAGCUAUUUCAACAGCAGCAGCUCCAAUAGCAGCAACUACAACAGCAGCAACUACAACACCAGUAAGUCCAACAGCAGCAGCUCCAACCGCAGCAGCUCCAACAGCAGCAUAUUCAACAUCAGUAAGUCCAACUUCUACAACAUCAACUUCAAGUAGAGGAAAUAUAGGCACUGGUAUAAUUAUCACGUUGCAGAGAGAACUGACAGCUGAGGAACGCGAUCUGAUGGAGGAAGAUGCGAGCGGCCUCGCCACAGGUUCCUUAACAAAUAUGUCAGUAGAUAUCGAUAGCUCGCGCGAAUUAGAGCAUCAAAGCCGUGGCCAAAAUGACCCACCGACUGAGAAAUGUUUGCUCAUGUGAGCUAAAAUUGUUUAAAUUGACACUUUGUGUUUGUGUUGAAAUACAAAAAUAAAUAUCGUAAGGUUAGAAGCUGCUUCUAUAUAAGCUAAUUCAUGCGACCUUAAACACAAACGAUGAGCGCAACUUUUUUAAUGCAACAGAGUGAGGGAAAACAAACAAAUAGAAAGCCAAGUAGCAACAACGCUGACACAAAACUUCAGCUGACAAGACAACAAGGACAAGGCUAACAAGCUACGGGGUAAGGCAAAGCUGCUGCCAUGUUCGAAGCACAUUGCGAGACGGUUACAGCAUCGCAAACAACAUGAGCACCACUCGGUGGUGGUGUUGCUGCUGCUGCUGCUGCUGUUGGUGGGAAGUGCGGCAGUCGGCACUGGUAAACUUCUACAACUAAUCCUGACUGAUGUUGCGACAAUAUAUAGAAAAGCACAACAUAUGCUUCCAGCCGUUUCGCAGCUACGCUUUGCUGCCUCAUGGCAGCAACUGCUCCUCCGAGUGUUUUCUGCUGAAGAUUUAUGCGUUAGCGCAAAAGUUGCAUUUCAAAUGGAUUUGCAGCACACACAAUAGGAGAGAAAACGCAAAAAGGUCAAAACAAAUUAAAGCAUAGACAUUUUGAAAUGCUCAAGCAGUUGCGGCUAAUAGAAAUGCAAUCAUGUGUCAGCAAUUGGACUACAGGGCGUAUGAAAAUAUA